GGAAAUAGAUUUUUAAAAGACUUUUGAGUCAUUGUACAAUCUUCAAACUGCUGAGAUGCAUCAUCUAGUUUCUUCUCAGGACAGCUGCUAAGCUGCUCCCUUCGGUGGAUUUUUCAUGUCCAGGUUCCUGACUGAUUAGCUGUUCCUGUGGCUCUAAAUCCACAUGAUUUAAAUGACCUCCACGUGUUUACAUUUCCUUUUUAUCAUUUCCAUUUGUGAUUUAAAAGGUUAAAUAUUUUGUUGAUGCGCGCUGACAUGCAGAGAAAACCGUCGCUCUGCGUUCAUUUACUCUGUCAUGUUGACUCUCUGCUCCAGCUGCACGUCAACAAUAGAAACCUCCAGGUAAUUCCUUUCUGUACUAAUUGCUAAACAUGGAGACAAAGACGCUGCUUUACUUCAUAGACGGUAAAAUUAAAAAAUAUCCAUCAACGUCUGCUGUGUGUGAAAAGCUCGUCUGUUUAAAAGGCUUUACUCACAGCUGACAGACAGUCAAACCGUCAUGGCAGCUCUGAGGACUCUGGCUUUCCUCUCCAUCAUCGCCGUUUCCAGCAGCCAGACUUCAGAGUGCUCCUACUUCAGUCUGAUCGACCACCUGAACCUGACGGCCUCCAAUGAAGCUCUGCAGAUCGCUCGGCCUGUCAAGAGCUGGAACACCACCACCGUCGUCCAUCUGGACAUGGUGCUAUACGGCAUUCUGGGCGUGCAUGAGAAGUCCCAGACGGUCUCGCUGCACGUCCUGAUCAGAAUGAGCUGGAAAAAUGAAUUUCUGAGCUGGAAUUCUACUGAGUUUUGUGGGAUUGACGUGAUGAAUAUUCCAAGAUCGAUAGUCUGGAUCCCAGAUAUCGCCAUCCAAGAAGAUGCUUCCGACACUGGGAGUGUUCAGGAAGAUCCUUUCCUCCGACUGGAUCCCAGUGGAUUACUGAGCGUGACGUCCCGGCAGCAGCUCACCUACACCUGCCAGCUGGACCUCUUCAAAUUCCCCUUUGAUCAGCAGAACUGCAGCUUGGAGUUUUCCUCCUUGAGCUACAACAGGAAAUCUGUUCAGCUGGAAACAUCUGGAAACGGGACGAUGUUCACAGCUUUGUCUAAAAAGCUGAAAAUGACGGAGGGGGAGUGGACCCUGAUGGAGCUGCAGGUUACCGAGGACGCAGCUUCCACACCUCCGUGGAUGAAGAGCCGCCUUCAGUACACGGUUCUGCUGAAGAGGAGACCCUUUCUCUACGUCAUCAACCUGAUUCUGCCGCUACUGUUCCUGCUCUUCCUGGAUCUGGCUUCCUUCUUCAUCAGUGAGUCCAGGGGGGAGAAGCUGAGCUUCAAAGUGACGGUGCUGCUCUCCAUCUUCGUCCUGCUCCUCAACCUUCAGACCAUUUUGCCGUCCACUGAGGAAGCCAUGCCGAUGCUGGCCAUCUACUGCGUUUCAAUCUUCACGCUGGUGUUCCUCGGCGUCCUGGAGGCCGUGCUGGUCAGCUUCCUGAUCGAGAUGGACGAAUCUCGCCGUGAGGAGGAACGAGCGGAGAGUCCGCCCAAACGUCCCUCAGAAGAACAGGCUGAAGAGGACAGAACAGAGGAGAACCAACCUGAUGACCAGAACCUGCUCAACCUCAUCUUGGACAAAGUUCUGCUGACGCUCCAGGAAGUUCAACAUGAAAGACAAGAGAAAAGGAAGUCCGGCUGCUUCCGGAAGCUGGCGAAGCUCAUCGAUGUGGUGUUCUUUACCAUCUACCUGACUACUAUUGUGGUUUCUCUGAUUGUCCUGUUUCUAAUCUGGAUGCAGAACUGACCUCUGACCUCUGGCCUCUGACCCGGUGCUGAUGCUGCUUCAUGCAGAGUUUGAUGAAUGGAGAAGAAACAAAAAAAAACGUUUCAAUUUUGAAAACGUUCAAAUUUUACAAAUGAAAAACACUCAAUAAUAUCUUUAAACAAAGCAAUCCUGCAGAUCCAACCCUGAUCUAAACGAAUCCAGUUUGACCUGAAACUGUCUUUGAAGCUGAUCCUCAGUGAUCGACUUUUCAUGUCAAUUUUGAGAUUAACCGAUCAGAUGUUUGUUUGAUGAAACUGAAACUAUUUCAAGAUUAAAACUACUUUUUACGAUGAAAAAGAAACCCUAUAUAUAUAUAUAUAUAUAUAUGAAUAUUAUUGCAGUUUGAACCAAUAAAAAAAGCAUUUGUUAUUCAUGGGGUUUUUCUAUCUUUUCUCAGUGAUCCAUCCUAAACUUUAGGAUUUUAUUUCUCAUAUUCUGUUGGUUUUAUCUCCAUAGAAAUCUGUUUUCUUUCCUGAUUUGGGUUUUUCUGUCCUGGACUGAAGGAACAGAAUGUUUUCACAGUUCUUCUGUCUUUCUGCGACUUUGAGUGAAAAUUUCCCCCCACCAAAAACUCAAAAACUCUAAAAUUUGGGUGCACCCUACUACCCGGGAACAUGAAUUUGGGCAUAGGGACAACCCCUCCCCCCAAAAAUGAUGACAUCACAGCAGAGAAACAGUCAAAAAAACGAACGAGGACAAAUCUCCUACGGAGUUAAAAAAAAAUCUCCUAGCAAAACCAAAACACUCGAGUUAUCCAAAGGAAGU